AUGGCCGCCUCCUUGGCCCGUGGCGUGAGUGCCGGGCUGAGGCUGCGGGCGGCCCGGAGCGCCUGCUGGGCCCGGUGCGGGAGCUGUGCGGGCUCCGGGCUGAGGCUGCGGGUGGCGGCGGCGCUGGCCAGGACGCUCUGGGCGACAGGCUCGCGGCGAGCGGGAGAGGAGAAGGGCGGAUGCGAGCGGCCGGGGGACGUAGUCAACGUGGUGUUCAUAGACCGGUCCGGCCAGCGGAUCCCAGUGAGCGGCCAAGUCGGAGACAACGUGCUCCACCUGGCCCAACGCCAUGGGGUCGACCUGGAAGGGGCCUGCGAAGCCUCCUUAGCCUGUUCCACCUGCCACGUGUAUGUAAGUGAAGGCCACCUGGACAUCCUGCCGCCCCCGGAGGAGAGGGAGGACGACCUGCUGGACAUGGCCCCCUUGCUGCAGGAGAACUCCCGGCUGGGCUGCCAGAUCCUGCUGACCCCCGAGCUGGAAGGCGCUGAGUUUACCCUGCCCAAGAUCACCAGGAACUUCUACGUCGACGGCCACGUGCCCAAGCCCCACUGACCUGGGGCAACAGCCCAAGCCAGCAGGAGCAGCAUGGCCCCAGGGCCAGGACUAAGGCCAUGGCCACCACUGCGGGCCCAGCCCAGAGCGCGGACAGGCCUGAGAAGGGAGAGCGAGAAGAGUCGGAAGCACUUUGGAGACCGGGAGGGGAGUCCAGGCUGUGGUGGAAACAGGGCCCCUCAGCAGCCAGCCCCCGCUCCGCGUCCCCAAGAAUGGGAGUGGGGAGGGGGCAGACUCUACUGGAGCUGCAAUAAAACUGUCAC